AUGCAGACUCAUCGGAGCGGUCUCGUGACGUUAACACUGAGCGAUACUUUGACGAUGACAAAGAUAUGGAUGAAAGAAGGCGUUCCAGCCCUCAACAUACGGGCGGCAAGCGACAGCGCUCAAAGGAAAGAGAUCGCGACAAACGUUCCAGAAAGCGAUCUCGUUCCAGGUCUUGCUCCCGAUCGAAAUCGCGAACUCGUAGACACGGUCGAUCUCGAUCCGAUGAACUUGAUCCCUCCACGAGGUUGCGCGUACGUGGUGAUGCCUGAUCGCAGAUCCGCAUUCAAGGUUUUGGAUCGUCUUCGAGAUAUGAGAAUACAGAACCGUCAGAUAAAGAUGGCAUGGGCUCCUGGAAAAGGUGUUAAAGAAGAUUUCAAAGACAUGUGGGAUGCGGAAAUCGGCGUUACUUACAUUCCUUGGGAUAAACUGCCUACAGAAUUCAGCCCUUUGCUUGAUGGAGGAAUAAUCGAUGCUGAUUCGCUGCCUCCUCAUCUGAUGGAUAAAUACAAAGAAGCGCUCGAGAGGAACAUCAAAGACGAAGCGAAAGCUGUUUCAGCACCGCCAGCGCCACCAGCGAUGCCUGCCGCCCCGCCAUUCGCUCCUUUUCCGCCGAUGCCCGGCGUGUUUCCUCCCGUAUUGCCGCCUGUUUCGAUGUUUGGAGGAAUGCCUCCUCCGCCAGCUGUCACUCAACUUGCCGCUGAUUCUUCGUCCCCAGCUCCGCCAUUCGGAGGAAUGCGUGGGGCGGGGAUGAACUACAUGAAUCAUAUGGGCGGCCCGCCAUCGCAGCCGGUUUCAUCGGCCAUGCCACAGUUUCCACCCGUUCAACCGCGGUCACCUUAUCCUCCGAUGAUGCAGCCUCCGCAUUCAACGUCGAUGGGAGGAAACGGACGCGCCGCCGGCAUUUGGACCCCUGAUUCCGCAAAUUCAGUGACUUCUGAACAUUCGUUCCUUCAGGAUGCGGGUUACUCUUCCCGUUUCUCAAAACCUCCUCUCUUAGGUCCCCGUUUUCCAAUGGAGCGUCCUGAUGCAGUGGCGGGACCUGGUAGCCUCAGUGCCGGAUUCAACAGAUUCCAGCCUCCGGUAAACCGUGCGAGAUUUUCCUCUCCAGACAUGCAUGAGUUGCCCCCACCGGACAUGUAUCGAGGGGGGCCAAACCGCGAUGAAGAUAGCAAGGGAGAGUUAGAAGCCUUUACCCCUGAACGAAGGCAGAGAAGAACUCGAUGGUCCUCAACGUCGAAAGAUCGAAGCGCCGAAUCGAACGACGAGUCUCUUCAUUUUAACGAUAGCGAAGCACUGAACACUUCAAUAGCUCCAGAAAACUGUGACAAACAUGCAGACGAUGAUCAAAUGCACGAUUACUCGCCACCAGAAUCAUUUUCUCGCUAA